UUCAGCUUGUCCGGGCAACAGCAUGAUGAAGACCAUGGGAUGCUUCUCCUACCUGCUUGCGCUUCCAUUUGUCUUUGCAAUCACCUUCUCAGAAGGCAGAAAGCUGCGUUUUGGUGUUUGUGAACUGCAUGGUACAUCUCUCCUGGAAAUCAAAACCUACUUUGAUGCAAUCAGAGGAACUGUUCAAGAUGAGGACCGUGUUACUGACACUGUAUUGCUGAAGAAGAUCCUUCUGCAUAACGUCCCGGCAUUGGAGAGCUGCUGCUUACUCCGCCACCUGCUGAGGUUCUACGUUGAAAACGUUUUCAGGCAUUACCAAGCCACAAACCCCCUGCUGCGGAGGAAGACCAGCAGCCUGUCGAACUCUUUCCUCAGCGUUAAGACCACCCUGAGACAGUGUCACGAUCAAAAGAAGUGCACGUGUGGGGCGGAGGCAAACCGUCGACUCGAGCUCUUCAGAGAGGAAUACGAAAAGCUGGAUCAUGACACAGCAGCCAUCAAAGCUCUGGGUGAGAUGGACAUUCUCUUUAAAUGGAUGGAAAAGGCUAAGAACUAAGAGAGAAGA